GCCUACAGUGGCGGGUGCCCAAGAUGGUCGCUCCCGCAGCUGCGUAGAGGCGGCAGCGGUUCAGUCUCGGGCUGUAGGGCGAGGCGGGCGUCUGGAAGCGGUCCUCGCCCAGGUGACAGGAGGUCGGGGAGGUGCCGCCGGGCCUCGUGGGGUGCCAGGCCCACUCGCUGCAGUCCCCGGGCCCCGCCGCCUCCCUAUCCCUGCCCCCGGGUGGAACCGAAGAAGGUCAGGUCCGCCGCCCCGCCUGUCCUCGCCUCAGGGCGGACGCUGUGUGUGGGUGGCUCACUGUUUAACAUUGACUUCACCCAAGUGCAUUCUCCAUGGCGGCCUCGCAGGUCCCGGGGGAGAAGGUUAACAUCCAGGCAGGAGAGACGGCCAAGGUCGGGGACAGGGACCUGCUGGGGAACGGCUGUUCGGAGCAGGACAGACCGCCGCAGCGCUCGUGGAGGCAGAAGUGCGCCUCCUAUGUUCUGGCCCUGCGGCCCUGGAGCUUCAGUGCCUCACUCACCCCGGUGGCCCUGGGCAGUGCCCUGGCCUACAGAUCCCAGGGCGUCCUGGAUCCCAGGCUACUGGUGGGUUGUGCCGUAGCUGUCCUCGCUGUGCACGGGGCUGGCAACUUGGUCAACACUUACUACGACUUUUCCAAGGGCAUUGACCACAAAAAGAGUGAUGACAGGACCCUGGUGGACCGAAUCUUGGAGCCCCAGGAUGUCGUCCGGUUUGGAGUCUUCCUCUACACCUUGGGCUGUGUCUGUGCUGCUUGCCUGUACUACCUGUCCCCUCUGAAACUGGAGCACUUAGCUCUCAUCUACUUCGGAGGCCUGUCUGGCUCCUUUCUCUACACAGGAGGAAUUGGAUUCAAGUACCUGGCUCUGGGAGACCUCAUCAUCCUCAUCACCUUUGGCCCGCUGGCUGUGAUGUUCGCCUACGCCGUCCAGGUGGGGUCCCUGGCGGUCUUCCCGCUGGUCUACGCCAUCCCCCUCGCCCUUAGCACCGAGGCCAUCCUCCAUUCCAACAAUACCAGGGAUAUGGAGUCCGACCGGGAGGCUGGCAUCGUCACGCUCGCCAUCCUCAUUGGCCCCACUCUCUCCUACAUGCUCUACAACACGCUGCUCUUCCUGCCCUACCUGAUCUUCAGCAUCCUGGCUGUGCACUGCAGCAUCAGCCUGGCGCUGCCCCUGCUCACCAUUCCCAUGGCCUUUUCCCUUGAGAGACAGUUCCGAAGCCAGACUUUCAACAAACUGCCCCAGAGAACUGCCAAACUCAACCUUCUGCUGGGCCUCUUCUACGUUUCCAGCAUCAUUCUGGCACCGGCAGGCAGUCUGCCCAAACUCUAAGGGGACCAGUAGCCGCACGCCACAACAUGUCCCCCCUUUCUCAGAAUGUGUUGAAGGCAGAGUGUCUGAGGAGGGAAGGUGAUUUGGCAGUGAGGGGCUGAAGGAUGGCUUGUGAACGCCCACCUUUUUUUAUUAUUACAUUCUUAAAGAGAAUGUUUUGUUUUUGUUAUUUUAUUCCGUUUUACGGGGACUCUUGAAACCACUCUGGUGUCAGAACGAGGUAAAUUGGACGCAUGGCCCUUGUUUUAUUUAUAAUUUCCACUAGAGGGUGAUGUCAGGUCACUUUUAGUGGGCUACGAUGCCCUAAGACUUGGUGAAGGAACCGCGCAGACUGGCCUCCUGUCCUGAAAGAGCCAUAGUAACUGGGCCGAGUGUCCUCUGCUGUUUUGGUCUGGUUUUACACUACCUUGAGAGAGAAAGUCCCUCAUUAACAGCCUGACCAGGCUCUAGGCUUUUUGCCUAAAUUGUGAUUCAGACCCUUUUGUCCUCACUUCAUUUAUUGCCACAGUUGAGGAAAAGCAUCAGAUCACCCUGCAGCAGGACAGUGGAGCAGAGGGCUUGGAAGGAAAAAAAACAAAAACAAAAAAAUAACACCUUGGAGGCAGCUGAGAAAAUCACUCUGCUUUUGGAUAGAAACUGGUAGGGCGGCUGGUUUCCCCUUGUAGAGCCCACUGGCAUGACAGGAAGGACUCCCAGCCCUUUCAGUAACUCGCAGCGCUCCGAAGUUGUUAAGGCCCUGGCUGUCCUUGCCGACUACUGAAGGCCCACAAGGCCGCUUCUUCGCCUGCCCCCAUCGUGCUUCCUCGCACUCCCCUAUGCCCGCCCUCCAUUUCUUUCAGGUCCCCAUUUGUGUGUCUCCCAUCCGUGGAGCCCUGCUGUUUGGGCAGCAGCUUAGCAACUGAGUCAGGGAUGGUUGCCCCUGUCCACAGAACCAGAGGAAGAGCAGACCAAGGACAGCAGCUGCUCCAUGAGUGAAUAAGCCAAUGGUCAAACAGUCCUGACCCUGUUCAGCGAAAAUGACAGGCUCAUCAGUGAGGACACUGCAUCCUCCUCCUUGAGGACAGAUAUACAAUACUGACCCGGCUUUUCCCAAAGGCUUCAGUUGCCUUGUGCAGAGAUAGUUUGUACCCAGGAUGGGGGAAUUCCAGCAUUGAUCAAAGCUGCCUCUUGUUUCAGUGUCUGUGAAGUAUAACUUCUGGGCUAGAAUUGCUUGGUUGCAUUGGGUCCAAGACCAAAAUAGAUUGAGACCAUCGUCAUCAUGCUUUUCUGUUGUGAUUAUAGCCAUUCUGAUAGGCAUUUCAGGGUCUUGGCCUGCAGAAAAUGACAUCAGAACUAGCUCUUAAUCCUUAAAAUCAGGCCACUUAUGAUUUGGCUCCUUGAGUUAGAAUUGGGCAGCUUACUUGGAAAAACAUACUUGGAAAUUGCAGAAGUUCCUGUAAAGUUACAGGUGGUUUGUCUGUAGAGUUUCAGAAUCUCCAAAUAGUGGUCAGAGCCCUGUAAUGAGGAAAAGGAGGACAGCCCUCUCUCCUGGCUGUCUUCUCCCAGCACCAUUUUUGUUUUAUGCCAGGCUAGUGGCAUUUUGGUGCUCACAGGAGUCCUGCCUUCAAAGAGACAAGCUUUUCGGGCUCCUUCCCAGCAGGCCAUUGUCACAUAAGGCUCACCCCUGAGGCCGUCGGACCGAGAGCUCCCUGCGUCCACAGACCAGACCAUCUUGGUAAGCCCUCCCUUCGGGGGUGUCAGUUAGCCUCUGCACUAUGUUCUGGUGCAGGGUUUUUUUUGUUUUUGUUUUUGUUUUUGCGGUACGCGGGCCUCUCACUGUUGUGGCCUCUCCCGUUGUGGAGCACAGGCUCCGGAUGCUCAGGCUCAGCGGCCAUGGCUCACAGGCCCAGCCGCUCCGCAGCAUGUGGGCUCCUCCCGGACCGGGGCACGAACCCGUGUCCCCUGCAUCGGCAGGCGGACUCUCAACUACUGCCCCACCAGGGAAGUCCCUGGUGCAGGUUUUAAUGCAUAUUUUUAUAUAUAAAUCUUUCUAAAAGGCCAAAUUUGAUGCCAGGUUUUAUAUGCAGGUCACUAUAAUUUGUACUACAUCCCCUGAUUCAAUGAAGGUUUUCUUUAGACUUGUUAAUAAACAAAUUUUUUUAAUUAAAAAAGGAAAAUGCUUAUCAGUG